GCAUUUACGAUUUUAUACAUACACACACACACACACACACAUUUUAUCGCAUUUUCUUGAAUUAAUCACUCAGAUGCUUUUACUUUCACUGCAAUUGUCACUUGAAGUUUGUUGCUCGGAGAUAGUCGGAAUAACGAGGUAAUGGAGGCAGUGGUAGUAGAUGCUGGCUCUAAGCUGCUCAAAGCAGGUUUUGCCGUCCCCGAUCAAAAACCUUCCAUGAUUAUUCCAACCCAAAUGAAACGCAUGCCGGAAGAUGGAUCACCAUCUGAAACUUCAAUGACUGAAGACAUAACUGUUGAUCCAGUUGUGCGAGGCUUUAUUAAAGACUGGGAUGCUAUGGAAGAUUUACUGCAUCACAUUUUGUACAAUGGCCUUGGAUGGGAAAUUGGAAAUGAAGGACAAAUUCUAUUUACAGAUCCACUUUUAACUCCCAAGGCUGUCAGAGAGAGAUUGGUGCAAUUGAUGUUUGAAACAUUCAACGUGUCGGGAUUUUAUGCAACAGAGCAAGCAGUAUUAUCACUUUAUGCUGUUGGACGUAUCUCGGGCUGCACAGUUGAUAUUGGCCAUGGAAAGAUAGAUAUUGCACCAGUGAUUGAAGGUGCAGUUCAGCACAUAGCUUCCAAGAGAUUGGAAAUUGGAGGCAUUGAGUUGACAAAUUUGCUAUCUCAAGAGCUUGGUAAAUCAAAUCCACUUAUUAAGCUUGAUAUCUCUGAUGUUGAGAAAAUAAAAGAGAUGUAUGCAUGCUGUGCUGAGGAUGAUCUUGCUUAUGAGAAGAUGUCAUGCCAGGAUGAAACACAUACUUUACCAGAUGGGCAGGUGAUUACUAUUGGUAAAGAAAGAUAUACUGUUGGGGAGGCCCUGUUUCAACCAGCUAUUUUGGGUUUAGAGGCACAUGGGAUUGUUGAGCAGCUUGUUCGAAGUAUUUCAACUGUAUCAUCUGAAAACCACCGACAACUGCUGGAGAAUACAGUGCUUUGUGGUGGAACUGUAUCAAUGGAUGGUUUUGAAGAUAGGUUUCAGAAAGAAGCCAAUCUUUGCUCCUCUGCUGUCCGUCCGUCCCUAGUGAAGGCACCAGAGUAUAUGCCCGAGGACUUGACAAUGUAUUCGGCUUGGGUUGGAGGCGCCAUACUUGCGAAAGUUGUGUUCCCCCAAAACCAGCACAUGACCAAGGCAGAUUAUGAUGAAACAGGUCCUUCAAUUGUUCACCGUAAAUGCUUCUAAGAUCUUGUUGCAAGUUUUUGUGUGCCAGGAUUACGUCUAGGGUCUGUACGAUGAUGUAUCAUAGUUUAUGGUUCUUUUACUCAAUUACUAAAUUAGAAUUUGCAGAUUUAAACAACGGAGAGGAAAAAGCUAAUUGAUAUAUUGGUAUUAUUUAUUCUCGGAGUUCCUGUAGCUAAAAGUUAGCAGUUUUUUGGUCCC